AUGCUGAGUGUUGAGAUGUUCCCCAGUUUGAGUCUGGCGCCACAAAGGAUUGGAGAGCACUUUUACAGAGACCGGGAGGCCGCUGCCCACAUAUCGCUGUUCCCUCCAACCUGUGAUGUGGCGGCUAAAGCUCUGCCGCUGAGGAUGCUGGGACCUCCUCCUGCGCCCGGCGAUCCGGCCUCCAAACCUCAACGCGACGAGGUGAAGAUGGAGCUGGAGAAUGCGUCUUUGUGGAAGCAGUUCAGCUCAGUGGGCACAGAGAUGAUCAUUACAAAGAAGGGCAGACGGAUGUUUCCUGGGCUGAAGCUGAAGCUCUCAGGCAUGAAUCAGUCCCUCCGCUACAUCCUCCUCCUGGACAUCGUUCCGGUGGAUAACUCCCGCUACCGUUUCCAAGGCGGCGGCUGGCAGGCGGUUGGCAGCGCCGAGGCGAGGCUGCCGGACCGAGUGUUCAUACACCCGGACUCACCUGCCACAGGUGCACACUGGCAGAGCCGCACCAUCUCCUUCCACUGCGCCAAGCUCACCAACAACACACUGGACACACAGGGACAUAUCAUCCUGCACUCGCUGCAUCGCUACCAGCCCAGAGUCCAUGUGAUCGAGGCCAGAGAUGUGCUGAGGUGGGGGGGGGGACAGCACUCCUUUGUCUUUCCCGAAACCCAGUUUAUCACCGUCACUGCCUACCAGAACAACAAGAUCACUGAGCUCAAGAUCAACUCCAACCCUUUUGCUAAAGGUUUUCGAGAAAAUGGCAUGAACAGCAAAAGACAAAGAGACGCGAGACAGAAGCGUAAAAUGGACGUCUUGACUGAAACCUUGGACAUUGUGAACUGUGAUCCAUGCAAUCCUCCUGAGCUGCCAUCGCAACCCACCGCCGCCGAGCUGCAGGCCCUCGCCCUGGCCCCCCUGCCCCCGCUGCCCGACCCCCCCUGUGGCUUCAGACCAGAGGAGGCCACCUUUCAGCACACAAUGGUUUCAGAGCAGCAGCUCGACCUCGGCCAGACUUUUAUGGCAUCGCAGAUGUCUGAUAUUGACAUUGCGAUGGCCAGAGGGUUGCAGGACGCGGCAGGAAGCGAGGUGGCAAACAGCGUGAAUAAAAGCUCGGGCACAGUGGUUGGAUCAACUUUCACCAACGCCUCCUUCCCUGAUGUUCAAGCGAUCACCUCUUCUUUUCCUUCAGCAGAUCUUCCUCAGUCUUCCUCCUCUUUCUCCUCCCUUCCCUCUGUCCCUGGAGCAUCCGAUUCGUCGGAUCCUCAGGCCUCCAUUCCUCCAAUCGAUUACCCCUCCCUCCUCUCGUCUCCCGCCCUGCUCUCCGCCACCUCCACCAGCACGCCGGCGCUGCAGCAGACCUCCUUCACCUUCCCCACCCCACCUCAUUCCAACUCCUCUUCACCGCAGGCGCUUCUCGCGCCGUCCUCCUCCAACACCUACCACGCCAUGUCCGAGACGAUCGGCCCCGGAGCGUCGACUGAUGUCUCUUUCCAUCGCCAGACCUCCACAUGCCAGUCAGACCUCCAGAUGUCUGCACCCGUUCUGCUCGCCCAGCCCGACCAGCAGCUCCAGGGUGAACUCCCCAGCGGUGACAGCAGUUCCCCCAAUGACCAAAGCUCAGCAGCGUUUGCCUAUCCAGACAUCCUGCCUGGAAAUCCUGAGCCUGCCCCGCUCCCGACUCAACCUGUCCCCACUCAAAGCCAACCUCCGCCUUCAGGUCUUCAGUGUUCCUUACCUUCUCAUGGCUCCUCGCCAUCUUUUACCUUCCCUCCGCACAUGCAAAACCUCUCUUUUUCAAACGUGUCUCACAACCCCGUCCACGCUGCUCUGCACCUCCCAAAUCUAGGCCACCAAGCAUUUGCUCCUCCGUCUUUUACACAUCCCUCGCCCUCCCUUUCUCACCCUCCUUUCCAGCCCUCGUCUUGCUUGGCCGUUUCCUCCUCGUUGCAGCAUUCUGUCACUGCCGCCGGGCCGUUGCCAAACCUGCCCAACCCCCCUCCGUCCUGCCCCCCCACAUCCUCCUACCCUCCAGUCGAACUGGGCGCCAUUCCCCAGUUCAACCCAGCUCCGCCGUAUCACCCGGAGAUGGUGCUGCACCGGCCAUCUCUUCUGCCUCAGCUGGAUCCGGCGCUUCCAUCCUCCACCCCUCCUCCGGCCCUUUACCCCGCCUUCCCCUCCUACCCCCUCCGGCUCCGUCAGGACCCCCACCCAUCCCUCCCCGUGCCGUUCAGGCACCUGUACAGACAGCACCAGCACGGCCGCUCCCAGGGGCCGUACCUGGACGUGGGCGCAAGGGCUGUUUUUUGA